AUGGCGACCGCGCAGAGGUCACCGCUCUUCCGCAUGCCGCCCGAAAUCAGAAACAUUAUUUACAGCCUCGUUGUCGCUCGAGCACACAAGAUCAUCGUCCGCGGCCCCGACUGCGCUACUCCAGCAUUCGCGCAAACCAGCCACCAAAUGCGCGAAGAAGUCGUCCCUAUCUGGCUUGAAAACAACAUCUUCACCAUGACCACCGCGAACUCUCUCCACAAAUGGCUCCCGGUCAACCCAGUCACACACUCUCUCAUCAACAGCAUCGCUUUCGACCUCGAGUCGAGUGUAAUGUGGUAUCACACUCUCAAGCAUUUCAACAUCCAGCCUACCAGGAUCAUCAUUCCAGACAACGAGGCCGACGCCAGGGAGGUGACGGUGAUCUGGGCUUCGCAUGCGAGAGUUGUGGAGUCUUUGGCUACGAGACCGCGCAGAGGUGCUAUCAAGGCGUAUUCGGAACUGACUGAGCUGCUGGAUGAGAGGGUUGGAAUGGAGCGGGCUCGCCUUGGAUUGAAGGCUUGA